ACAGCCACAGGGAUUGUCGCUGCCAGUGGGAUGCCGGACACAAUUAAUAACGUUAGAGAAAGACCGAAGCUACAUUCAUUUUUUGCUUUAUCAAAUAUAUUUUCGCUAUUAAUCAAGACAGGGGUCGUCACAAGCGGAAUAAGUUAGCUAACGUUAAAAUAUAGCUUAACUUUAAUUUAUUAACAGUUGCGUUCUCACCCACAAAGAAAAAUGUCGGAGGAGAACAUUAGCUUGUUUCAGUUGUUGGAUUUAGCCAUCGGGACACCCCAGAGAGGAGCUGUCAACUUCAGCGCCCUACACGCCCUGCUCCACGCUGUGCUCAGGCAGCUGGAUAUCCCGGAGAUGAAAACCCCGUUUAGGGACACUCCUACCGGCGACAUACACCCUGAAGCUCUGGUGGGUGACCACCAGAGCAUCACCACUCCCCAACUGGACCACGAGACAGAGGAGGACCAGCACCAGGUGCACAGGGACAUUUCCACGGUGGAGCACGAGGUUCAGCCAGACAUCGAUUUGCAGGAGCGGGCAGCCUCCUCCUCAUCUCCGACCCCCUCCUCCGGUCCCGCGGCAACCGACCAGUGGAGGCUGCAGUCCCGCAUCCAGACCUGCGAGGACGGCGUCGCCAAGGCCAUGAAGCUAAUUCAGGAGGUCCAAAGCCAAAAUCUGAAGAAUCUGAAGAAAGAGACACAGAAAAAAAUUAAAAAAGAGACAGAGGAAGGGAUGAAGGAAGAGACAGAGGAAGAGACGGAGGACGAGACGGAGGAAGAGAUGACGGAAGAGAUGAAGAAAGAGACAAAGGAGCUCCGCCACCAACAGAAGAUGGCCACGGAGCGUCCUUCAGUCCCGUCAGGGCCACCACAGCAUCCUGCAGCAGGCCCGACAGCUGCCGGCGCGCCCCUGGCUCAGGAGGCCAAUGGCUCGGAGACGGCGGAGGCCCUGAAGAACAUUGGCAAACUGACGGAGGGGUUUGGCAAGCUGGAAGCUCGUGUCGCUUCACUGGAAGAAGAUAAGGUGGACCAGUCACAGCUGAUGCACCUUAAAAAGCUCAUCACUAACCACGAUUCCAAGGAUGCAUUGAAUAACCUGAUGGAUCAGCUGAACCAGCAGCAAGCUCUAAUAGACAGCCUGAUAAGGGACCGGGAUAAGCUGGACACGUUUACGAAAGUGACUGGCUACGACAGAGAAACCACCUCAGAGGCAGCUUCAGGGAGCGAGGAGUCAGACAGCAAAGACUCUGAUGAGCUCAGACAUCAAAUAUUCUGCCUCAGGAAGUCUGUGCUGAAGCUGGAGGACGACAUAAAGCAGCUGAAGGCUAGACAGGCUUCAUCUAUGGAGAGAGCAAAAGACCGACACCUACAAGAUCAGCUGGAUGACCUGCGAAGCAUGUUGGAGGACAUGAUGCAGUCCUUGACCUGUCAGCUGUCCGAUGCUGGGCUGGAUGAGAGCAGUGAUAGCCAGGGCAUCGGUCAGAGUAAAGAUCAGAGAUCAGAGUUUACCACCAGCACAAUGAACACUGGCAGGAAGCUCAGCCUUCUGUUCCAGCACUAUGAGCAGCUGCAGGACACAGUGAGCAGCCUUCUCCAACAGCAGACUGGAGGCAGAGCAGGGCCACUGAAGGACAUAGAGGACAUGGAGCUGGUGAACGAUGUGCAAAAGGCGAUCCUGCACCUUCAGGCAGAGUGUCAAAAUCUGCAUGAAACCACCAGAUGUCUGCACGAGGACAACAGACAGAAACAAAGCCACAUAGAGGAGCUGUACAAGACGACAGAGGAGCUGGGGGAGAAGAAGGCCGACAAGGAGAUGGUUGAGAGUGAAAUCAAAGCAGAUAAAUUUGCUCUGGAGAGCAAAGUGAGCCGUCUGCAGUUUGACUCUGUGACAGAGCAGCUCAACGCCAUGUUCCACGAGCUGCUGAACAAGGUGACCGGUCACGAGCAGGACUGGCACAAAGUCAUCGACAAACUCUCUACCGAGAUGGAAUGUAAGUUGAACAGGAUGGAGUUGGACUCUGUGAAGAAGCAGCUGGAAAAUCGCUGGAAGAACAUCCAUGAGAAGCUGCAGGCUCAGGGGGCUCCAGAGCACGAGGAUGCUGCUGGUAUCAGAAAACAACUCGUGGACAGAUUUCACUGCCUCUCCUGUGACCGACCUGUUGUCAUGCACACCCCCGGACAGCAUCUGGCGAAGCAGCAGUCCACUCCUGGAUUCCCCUCACACAAGUCCAUCAGGCCGUUUACUGUUUACGCUCUGGAGCAGUUUCGACAGCACUACAGGAGUCUGAAACCAGGGUCCAACCGCUACAACUUUGUGGUAGCUGGCUGGAGAAGGGAGCAGCUCCAGAACAGCCAUGCUGUGAUGUGCCAGCAGAUAGAGAGCAUGCAGAGGAAACACGGUGACAGUACCGCCAGCCUAGGCACCGCUGGCGACAGCCUGAUCCAAAACCAGCCGGGAGUCCUGAACGAGCGGAUCUCUGAAAUGACGGACUACAGUCACCUGGCCGCGUCGCGGAGCUGCGGGGGGAGUCACACAGUUACCUUGGCAGGCCAGCGGCGCCCCGUCCUGCAGUACAUGAAGCACAACCCCCAGACAGAGGUGGACGCUGUGAUUCCGUCGGAGGAGGUUGAUAUCAUCGGACUGGACGGGCAUAUUUACAAAGGUCGCCUGAACGCAUCUACCAUCAGAAAUACAGAAACUAAACUACCUACAAUCUCUACCAAAGACGGCAUGUGCAAAACCAAAGACAAGGCCAAGUGCUCCCCGUCCCACAAACCGGCUUCUUCUCCGGAGCUGGGACACGGCCCUCUGGUUUAUCCGCCCCACAGUGCCAAGAGUGCCCAGUGCAGCCGCUCAACCUCCAGCAGCUCCGGGCGGGACUGGCCCGUGUCGGCUCUGGGCUGCACGUCUCAGCUCGGCUACGUCUCUCCGGUUUCAGCUGCAGCAGAGAGCCUGAACGCAGAGCCUACUGCUGAGCUGCUCAACCUGUAAGGGCCAUCACUUAGCACUCUACUGGCUUUCAUAUGUAAUUAACUUGUAACCUGCUUUGAUCUAUUUUUUAGUGUACUUUUAUUGAUUUGUUGC